AUGAAGGUGCCUCCUACUGUAAAAGAAGGAACAACGAGUGAAUCCUCACCAAAAGUUUCUCCUGGCGAAGAAGAAAAAGAAACAAGGGAAAUCUCAGAAAUGAUGUCUCUUUCAUCUUCUGAAAAAUCUAUUGAACUUUCUUCCCAAGAAGCACAUGUCUGUGAUACUAAAAUCACAUUUACGGAUAACGAUCUUCUAUUUGGUGAAACACUACACAAUCGUCCUUUGUAUAUGGUGGGUCAUGUGCUAGAGAAGAAGAUAAAUAGAAUCUUAAUAGAUGAAGGAUCUGGAGUCAACAUUUUGCCUGUCCACACAAUGAAGGAACUUGGCAUCACGACUGGGGAACUUAGUGAAAGUCGUCUGUUGAUACAAGGAUUUAAUCAAGGUGGGCAGAGGUCCAUAGGCUCUAUUAAAUUAGAGAUCCACAUGGGAGAUUUGCGAUCAAGCGCAUGGAUGCAUGUGAUUGACGCAAAGACAUCAUACAACAUAUUACUUGGCAGGCCUUGGGUACAUGAGAAUAGAAUUGUCUCAUCUUCUUACUAUCAAUGUUUGAAAUAUCUUGAAGGUGGAAUUGAAAGAAAGAUAGUUGCAGAUGAUAAUCCUUUCACCGAAGUGGAGACACACUUUGCGGAUGCGAAAUUCUAUAUGAGAAGUUAUGUUGUUAAAGGGGUCAAAUCCAAUGACGUCAAAUCAAUCAAGAUUGAUAAUAUCGUAAGUAAAAGAAUUGACGCAGCUAUCAAAAAGGGAAGAUCCUGUCUUCAAAGAAGAAGCAGAAUUCUAGGCUUUGCUAUGUUCGAAAAGAGAAGAAAAAAACAAGAUCAACCAUCUAACCUUGAAGAAAAUGCAUUAAGAGGGCUAAAUUUUCCUAUCAGACGGAUUGAUGCAAUAAACUUGUCUGCAAAGUUGCCAGAAAAGUCAGUCGCUCAAGAUCAAGUGCUACAUAUGGCUCUCCCUACAAAGAGCACAAGAGAAGGUUUUGAUCCCAAUGCUUACAAGUUAGUUGUGAAGGCAGGAUACAACCCUAGCGAGCCAUCAGCGCUAGGGAAACUCCCAUCAGAAGAUACAACUAGGAAAGCGCGUGAAGGCCUAGGUUAUAGCCAACCGCCACCAAUUCGCAUUUCCAUAAGAAGGGCCAAUAAUAAUCAUAUAACUUUUGAAGAUGACGUCACUGCUCCCAAUAAAAGGCCUUCUGUCUUUGAUCGACUUGGUGAAGCGACAACAAGAAAUUCUGUGUUUAAGAGGUUAGGUCCUCUGAUGAAGAAUAACAAGAACCUGAGAAGUUAUUUGAAAGUUACAAAGCCUACUUCACAUUUGAUUCGAAAAGAUUUCAGAAAUUUGAUUCCUUCUAGGAUGAGGCAACGAGUGGAACUUAUGGUUUCCUGUAAAGAGGAACUCAAGGCGAAGGUUCAUACUGUGGCUUACACCAAAGAGAGCGAGGAAGAUGAAGAAAGUGUAGUCAAUGACAAUGAUCCUGUGGAAGAGGAAGAUGCUAAAGAUGCUCCACCAGAACUUGAAGAAGGAGUAAAGAUUACAAUAGAUCCUUUGAAGGAAGUUAACCUUGGCACUGAUAAAGAUCCGAAGCCAACUUACUUGAGUGUGUUUCUAGAAAUUGAUGAAGAAGUCGCUUACAAGAAUAUACUCAAAGAAUAUAGAGAUGUAUUCGUUUGGAGUUACAAAGAAAUGCCUGGAUUGAAUCCUAGAGUAGCGGUCCAUCAAUUGGCAGUCAAAAAUGGUUCUCAUCCAGUUAAACAAGCUCAAAGAUGUUUUAGACCAGACUUGAUUCCGUUGAUAGAAAAUGAAGAUAACAAACUCAUUGAGGCAGGCUUUAUUCGUGAGGUCAAAUAUCCUACGUGGAUUUCAAGUAUUGUUCCUGUGAGGAAGAAGAAUGGUCAAAUUCGAGUUUGCGUUGACUUUAGAGAUCUCAAUAAUGCAUGCCCUAAAGAUGAGUUUCCUCUUCCCAUUCAAGAGUUGAUGAUUGAUGCCACCACUGGUUAUGAGGCAAGGUCGUUCAUGGAUAGUUAUUCUAGAUAUAAUCAAAUUCGCAUGUCACAAAAAGAUGAAGAACUCACUGCAUUUCGCACGCCAAAAGGUAUUUAUUGCUACAAAGUGAUGCCAUUUGGUUUAGAGAAUGAUGGCGCCACAUAUCAAAGGGCUAUGCAAAAUAUCUUUGACGACUUGCUCCAUAAAAAUGUUGAAUGUUAUGUUGAUGUGAUCAUUUGA